AUGGCCCAUUUGGCAUUGCCCCAUCCGCCCGCAUCCUUCCAUGCCGGCUCACACCGAUAUCGGUAUUGUUAUUCAACACCAUUCUCGGCCCGUUUGCCUCCUCACCCCUCUCCAGCUCAACCCAAUUCGAUCGGUUCCAAACAAUCAACACCAAUCAUGACAACCACGAAUAUGGAUCAGUCAAUUGACCCUCUCCUGGGCGGCGAUGCUGCAAAGAAAACUCCCAUCAAGAAAUCCGCCGGAGUCAGGAAGAAACGAAAAGUAUCCGGCAAAUCCAUUAAUAACUCAGACAACGCAAACGACGGCUCCGUGGCCAGUGACCACAAGGAAAAUAGAGAAGAGAUUCAGAUUGUCAUUUGCGAGACCACUUUCAAAUUCUACGUUUUGGACCAAGCUUUGAAAGGGAAAAAAAUAUGGGUGCCAAUCAGCUCUGAACGAUCUUUUGACAUUCCGAUCACGGCUAGCCCAGCAGACCAGGCAACCAGCUAUGCCGACUUUGUCACUCAACUCUCGGCUGAAUGCAAAGCCGUCGAGGUAAACACCGGUCGGCUUGUCAUCGAAUCUUGGAAAAGUGAAAAGCCUGCGGUCACCUGGGCCGUCUCCAUCCCUCGGGUGGCUGGUUUUGCGAAGGGCAAGCCAUUCCUUGUUAAUAAUGAGGAGGCUUACAAUAAGUGGAUCGAGGCUCUUGUCGAAAACAAGAGUGAUGCAACAACUCUAUCCCUCAAAAUGAAGAACCCAAACGCCGAAGCCAAACGAGCACACAAUGCUCAGGUCCUAGCUAAAGAGGCCAUACGUACCGAGGCGAAGAGGAUGGUGAUCGAGGCAAAGGAAGCGAAGCGUGCUGAGGACCUGAAGUCGGGCAAGCGCAAUCUGGAGGAUGACGAUGAUGAUGAGGUUGAGGAUCUGCUUGAUGAUGACAACGAGACGGAUUCAGAUGCCGUGAAACUGAUGGUGCGGAAGCUGUACGCAACGCACCCAGCAAACACCCAUUACGACCGAGGACUUCCCGUCUACGUCCACCCCGCCGAUCCCUUUUUAUUCAUUCCCUUGACCCACGGAAAUGCACAGAUAUGGGCAAAAUCGUUGAUACAAUCCGAGAGAGGUGUUUCCCUCCAAUCUCCACCCAAAGUUUUACGCUAUGAAUCAGUCUCGGCCAACCAAAUCUCAUCAAAAGCGAAGGCUCAAGCAAUCGGCGGAUCACAACCAAACUGUGGCGGGUGCUGCAGUUCAUCACACCACCAGAAUAAGUCACAGGCUCCGGUUAGCUCUGACGGUCCUCGACCAGGCCCCAACGCUGGGAUUCGUGAAUAUGUCGAGUUCAUUGGUUUGCGGGAGGCGUCCAAGGUGAUAGAUAUCCUUGUCGAGAACGACAUGAUAAACUAUAAGUCGUUCAGGUCAUCAAACUUGGAUCGAGCGGAACUACGAGGACUCGGAUUGACUAUUGGGGUAGUUACUGAGCUUGCUGAUAAUGUGGGAAAGUUCGAAAGGCACCUCGCCCACCAAGAAGCACAAGAAGAAUGA